AUGGCGUCCGAUAAUACCGCGUUCAUCACGAGUGGACGACCAGAGACGCCCAAGAAGGCCACGAAGACCAACAAAGAACGAAGUAAACGCUGUCGCGCUGAGAAUAACAAGAAAGAAGGGUGCAGAAAGGUCCUGCUGGCCGAAACAAUCGGACGGUCAUUACAUCACGGCCAUGCUCGCCUCGCGAAUGACGUCAACCGUAUUUCUCACGCUCUGUUCGAAGACCUUGAGCCUCCUGUUAAAAUGGCUCCGUCAGCCUGGCUGUCCGUUCCCAGUCACACCGGUCGUACCAGUGGCAGCACUCGCAGUAGUACGAGCAUAUACGACGAUACCUUUUCUGCUAGAUCGUAUGACACCUUGCCCACCGGCUCUAGCUGCAUCAGCGAAGAGGACGCGCAUAGCCACCGAAACAGCUCCCGGAGCCGAAGAUCCCUCCCCUAUAAACGCAUCGUCAGCUUGGACGGACAGGCCUCCUUCGAAGACGUGGAACGACUGGCGAUACAAUAUGGCCAGGCCUCACAUAUGGGACUCCUCGACCCCAGCUACAAUGUCUUUGUAAACGGGGAUCGAUCCGGGGGGUUAUGCUUCAAGGUUCUGAACAAGGUCGCUAUAGUGAUGGGCGAUCCUAUGUGUCACGCAAGCCAGAUAUCCCCCGUUCUCGAUGAGUUCAACCGUUAUCGACGUCAAAGACGCUGGGAUAUCUCAUUCCUGGGCGCCGGGGAGAUGCUUGCGAGCUAUGUCAAAGCGCGCAACAAGAAAUGGACGACUUUGCAGUUUGGUAAAGAGAGGGUUCUGAAUCCUCUGACCAACGAGGUUAUACUCGAGAUCAGCGGAAAACGCAUCCUCACUCAGAAUCGACAGCUCCUCAAUCCCAGCAAAGGCGGCAUUACCUUGCACAUGUACAGUCCAAACCUAGAGACAGAUUACGAGUUGGAGAUCGAGUUGUGCGCAAUCUACGACGAAUGGCGCAUGGCCCGCAACAAUUCGGGGAAACUUCAAGCCUUCAUCACAGAGUAUGACCCCUUCUUAAUGCCGAACCUCAUGACAUACAUCUAUACUCGAGGGCAAGACGGGAAGGUCAACGGUUUCGCAGCCUUACGAUGGAUCGGUGGCAAGAAUGGGUAUCACGUUGAUCCGUGUAUUGCUGCCCCGGGAGCGGCAAAGGGGAUCAGCGAUUUGCUAAUAUUCGCUUCAAUGGCUUGGCUGCGGCAACUGGGGAUUUCAUACCUUAGCUUUGGUUAUGAGCCUUCCGACUCGUUGGCAGAGGUGUCGGGAAUGCCUAGUCCUCUCGCAAAUUUGACCCGGCAAAUAUAUCGAUAUACAUUCCAGCGACUGCCCAUCGGCGGGAAGAAGACUUAUUUUGAUAAGUUCAAGCCUGAUGAGGAGCAAAAUUCGCCCCUCUAUCUGAUAUUUCCGUCGAAGAUCCCAGAACCGCGACCGGUCAUUGCCAUGGCUCAUGUUGCUAAUAUCAGUAUCCGGAAACUGCUAUUCCAUCAGUGUCCCAAGUCAUCGGACCCGCAAUGA